UGGACUGCUUCUCAGAAUCUGCUGGUACUUCUGUUUGUCUCUGGUUUUAAAAGCCCCCCAGAGGCAACCUGAAACCCAGACUCUUCUCAGAAUAGGGUGGGGGAAAUUCCGAAGUUCUUAUUAAACACAUUUAUCCCUCAAGCUUUGGAAGGAGCCAAAAUGCCAAAAGCAAGAAUCCCAAAGUACUGCCCACACUGGUGUGAUAUCCUGAUAAAUGUCUAACAAAUCCAACAUGUGUCCCCUGGGCUUGAAUAUUUGCUGGGCAAAGUUCCAGAAUAGUGAGACAUCUUGGGAUUCAUCCGGGUUAGGAAAGACCUUUAACUACCAGCUGUCACCUCACUGUUCUUCAAAUAGUCAAGUCUUGAGGUCUUUUCACUGUGCGCUGUUCUGAUGGAGGGCCCCCACCAGCAUGAAGCAGAAGGAUGACCUUGUCCCAUGGGCAGGACAACUGUGAAGGGAGCUGUGUGUGUCCAAGUCUGUGGGAAGAGAGAGCCACCUAGAAUGUCCCCGCCAAACCAGUCACUGGAAGGCCUUCUCCAGGAGGCCUCCAACAGAUCCCUGAAUGCUACAGAAACCCCAGAGGCUUGGGGUCCAGGGACACUCCAGGCCCUCAAAAUCUCUCUUGCUCUGCUCCUUUCCAUCAUCACAAUGGCCACAGCCCUCUCCAACGCCUUUGUGCUCACCACCAUCUUCCUCACCAGGAAGCUCCACACCCCAGCAAACUAUCUCAUCGGCUCCCUGGCCAUGACUGACCUCUUAGUCUCCAUCUUGGUCAUGCCCAUCAGCAUUGUCUAUACCACCACCCACACCUGGAGCUUUGGCCAAAUCCUGUGUGACAUCUGGCUGUCUUCUGACAUCACAUGCUGCACAGCCUCCAUCCUGCAUCUCUGUGUCAUUGCUCUGGACAGGUACUGGGCCAUCACAGACGCCCUGGAGUAUAGUAAACGCCGCACAGCGGGCCGGGCGGCUGCCAUGAUUGCCACUGUCUGGGUCAUCUCGAUCUGCAUCUCCAUCCCGCCACUCUUCUGGCGGCAGGCCAAAGCUCACGAAGAGAUGUCGGACUGCCUGGUGAACACGUCUCAGAUCUCCUACACCAUCUACUCCACCUGCGGGGCCUUCUACAUCCCCUCUGUGCUGCUCAUCAUCCUCUAUGGCCGCAUCUACAUGGCUGCCCGGAAUCGCAUCCUGAAUCCGCCUUCGCUCUACGGGAAGCGCUUCACCACGGCCCACCUCAUCACGGGCUCUGCGGGGUCCUCGCUCUGCUCGCUCAGCCCCAGCCUCCAUGAGGGGCACUCCCAUACUGCCGGCUCCGCUCUCUUUUUCAGCCACGUGAAAAUCAAGCUGGCCGAUAGUGUCCUGGAGCGCAAGAGGAUUUCCGCGGCUCGAGAAAGGAAAGCCACGAAAACGCUGGGGAUCAUCCUAGGGGCCUUUAUCAUCUGCUGGUUGCCCUUCUUUGUCGCCUCUCUGGUCCUCCCCAUCUGCCGGGACUCCUGCUGGCUCCACCCAGCCCUCUUUGACUUCUUCACCUGGCUUGGCUAUCUCAACUCCCUCAUCAAUCCAAUAAUAUAUACUGUGUUUAACGAAGAGUUUCGACAAGCGUUUCAGAAAGUUGUCCAUUUUCGGAAAGCCUCCUAGUCUUAUUUGCUGAUGACUCUUGUUAUCUGUUGUGUCCUGUAACCCAACUGGAAUUGUCUUGUUUAUUUUUCCUGAGAUUUGGGUCAAUCCUGAUAUGUUGGGUUUUGGUUCGACGAAUAGAAUU